AUGCAAAAUUAUAGCCUGGUUAGACGAGGUGCUAGCACAGCUGUCCUUGAGCCGACAAAAGUACCAACACUCCCGGAUGAUUACGUGCUCGUGAAGACGAAAGCGGUAGCACUGAAUCCGACCGACUGGACUACGCUCGAUGCAGUUGGCGAUGACGGGACCAUUGUGGGGUGCGAUUAUGCCGGUGUGGUAGAAGAUGUAGGGCGAGAUGCAGCCAAGCGCUUUCGCAAGGGCGACCGCAUCGCCGGAUUUGGCCAUGGAGGAAACGAUGCAAACCCAGAAAACGGGGCAUUCGGCCGGUAUAUUGCCGUCAAAAGCGACAUUCAGAUGCACAUCCCCGACGAUGUCUCCUUCGAGGCCGCGUCCACUGUAGGGGUCGGCGUGGGCACAGUAGGCUACGGCCUCUAUCACGUCCUGAAUCUCCAUUCUCCUGGUCCGGAAUUCAAAGACCAUGAGGAGACUGUUCUCAUUUACGGGGGAAGCACGGCCACUGGCGCACUUGCGAUACAAUUCGCGAAAUUGCGAGUAUCGGGCUACAAUGUGGUUACUACAUGCUCUCCACACAAUUCCGACUACGUGCAGAGCCUGGGUGCUGACAAAGUCUAUGAUUAUCGAGCCCCGGAUGUAGGCCAAAACAUUUUUGAAGAAACCGGAGGGUCCAUCAAGAGAGUCUUCGACACUGUUAGUACGGAGGAUUCUGCAGCGAUUUGUGCUGCGGCGUUCGGGUCUCAUGGGGGCACGUAUUGCAGUCUGCUUGGCGUCGACUGUCCUCGCUCCGACGUCGAGUCUAUAUACUUCCUCGGCUAUGACAUGUCGGGUGAAGCGUACAUAUUUGAAGGGCAUUCCUUCCCAGCGAACCCGGAGGCUUUCAAGUUCGGUCGCAAGUGGAUGAAGAUAGCUGAGGAGCUCUGGGCGAGCCGGAAGUGGCAACCUCACCGCCAAAAGGUAGGGAUAAAUGGACUCUUGGGCGUACUGGACGGCAUGCAAAUGAUGCGUGAAGGUCAAGUCAGCGGUGAGAAGCUUGUCUACCGCGUCGACGAGACGGAGUGGCCGGGUUACGCCUAG